UGGCUCUGCCUCCCGAGUGCUGGGAUUAAAGGCGUGCACCACCACCGCCCAACAUCGUGGGACUCUUAUUUUAUGGAAUCAAGUGUUGCCUAAACUAGAAUUACAAGUAAGUUUGGAUCUUUAGGAUUACAUUUAGCAUCACAGUGGCCCAAAUGUCCACUGACCAAUGAGUGAACAGAAUGAGGUGGGAAAUCCUGACCCAUGCCACCACAUAAAUGAACCUGGCAAACAUCGGGUUGAGAAGGUCCUAGGACAAAUUCCAAUCAAGGAAUGUUGGUGGCCCCGGCUGCUGGAGAGGAACUGGAGAAAAGUUCCCUGGGCAGGGACAUUUCUGAUUUGCAUGAUAACACACUUUCAAGUUUCAAAACGCAAAACUGCAAGUCCCAUACACUACUGGUACACUCAACAGGUUAAAAUGAAAGUUGUGUUAUUACUUGUACUUUAUCAUACUUAAAAAGAGAGAAGUCAGGUGCGUUGGCACAUGCCUUUAAUCCCAGCCCUUGGGAAGCAGAAACAGGCGGAUCUCUGAGUUUGAGGCCAGCCUGGUCUACAGCAAAUUCCAGGACAGCCAGUGAAACCUUGUCUCAAAAAACCACAAACUCUUAGAGGGCUCAGGAACGCCACAGCCCAGCCCAGCCUCCACGGUGGAGGGAUCUGCAGGACCAGGACAAGCAGGUGAAGGAGACAGGUGCACACGAGUCAGGUGCACAGCAAGCACGACUACCCGCAGCAACCGAAGGUCAGAGCUCCUGGGGGCUGCUCGGCGCACACUUCCGCUUUCCCGCGGGCUUGUCUGGGGCUUGUCUGGCGCGCAUCAUUGAGUCGCGGCUCCUAGAUUUGCCGGAAGCGGUUUCGGUCGCUGGCGUAUUUCCGCUACAGAGUUGAAGUCAGGGCGGCGCGCAGCCGAACUGAGGACUGAAGCUGCAGGAGCUGGGCGAUCGUCCGGUGCCGGCCUGGCGUGCAGCUCUGGGUCGCCCUGCUCCGCGCCACCGCGCUUGCGCCGAAGCCGACUGGACCCGCCGCAGCCCCUGCGGCCUUCAGAUGCGCCCACAUCUCGCUGCCGCUGCUCCCCGGGAGGCUGGACGCAAGCGCUGCUUCCGACGGGGCAGCGCUCCUCCCGGGCGGGCUCACCGUGAGGACCCUCCGUAGCAGGCAGUCCUGGAGCCAUCCGUGUGUCAGGUGCCAGUGACCUUCAGAGAUGUGGCCGUGUACUUCUGCAGGGAAGAGUGGGACUGUCUCAGCCCUAGCCAGAGGACCCUCUACCGGGAUGUGAUGCUUGAAAACUUCAGGAACUUCAUCGAGCUGGGAUACUGUGGCCCUAGACCAGACCUUAUUUCUCACCUGGAUCAGUGGGAUGAACCAUGGGUUGAAGACUGGGACAGACCUGAGUUUCUAGAAGCACAAAAAGGUGUCUGCCCAGGAGGCAGACAGUCCACAGAUCGUAAGAGAGCCCGCAUUCUGGCUUCAGCUCAUGAGAGGACCCAUCCACGGACAGGAGCCAAGAGGGGGGCUACCUUGAAGAAGAGUGUCCUGACCCUGGGUAAGGUGCGCCUCCCCAGAGCCACCUCUGGCGAGAAAGCGGACCACCAGGAAGCUUUCCCGAACCGGCCGUGUGGGAAAUCCUGCAGGAAGCAGCCGGGCCUGCAGGAGGAGGAGCCGUGCAGGGCUGCCGCGGAGGGACAUCCCUUCAUCUGCGGCACGUGUGGGAAGGCGCUGAGCUGCCACAGCCGCCUGGCUGCUCACCAGACGGUGCACACCGGGACCCGGUCCUUUGAGUGCUGUGAGUGUGGCCAGACCUUCCGCUGGGUGUCCAACCUCCUGCGCCACCAGAGGAAUCACACCAGCGAGAAGCCCUUCUGCUGCGAGCUGUGCGGCCAGGCCUUCAGCCUGAAGGACCGCCUGGCCCAGCACCGCAAGGUCCACACGGAGCACCGGCCCUACGCCUGCGGGGACUGCGGCAAGGCCUUCAAGCAGAAGUCCAACCUGCUGCGCCACAGACUCGUGCACACCGGGGAGAGGCCCUUCUUCUGUGGCAGCUGCGGCAAGGCCUUCCGCACGAAGGAGAACCUGGGCCACCACCAGCGGAUCCACAGCGGGGAGAAGCCCUACACGUGCGGCGAGUGUGGCAAGGCCUUCCGGUGGCCCAAGGGCUUCAGCAUCCACCAGCGGCUGCACCUGACCAAGAGGUCCUACGAGUGCCAGCACUGUGGCAAGGGCUUCCGCCACCUGGGCUUCUUCACGCGCCACCAGAGAACUCACGGGCGCGGGGAGGUGUGAGGGGACCCGCAGGCAGCUGCUGGUCCUUCCCCGGUUCUGGGGCUCCGGGCCAGCCGCGGCAAGCCUCGAAGCCCGGUGGUCCCCGAGUCCCUCCCUGAGGAAGUCCUGCCAGGAAAUGGGCACAGGGGGGGCGGGCAUCACGUGUGCAGGCCGAGCCGGCCACAGCGCUGGCUGCCUCAGCUGAGGAGUUUGCCCCUGUCCCGAGUGUCACUUGGGUGCCCUUUAACCCCCCCCCCAGCUCUUUCAUCACGUCUCCUGUUGGUGGGAGGGAGGUUGGAGCUGACAAGGCGGCCCGGUGGGUGAAGGCACAUGCGUGUGGCAAAGCCCGAGAACCGGAGUUUGGUGCCCAGAGACCCACCCGGUCGGAGGAGAGAACCCGAUGCCCUAAGUUCUCUGACUUCCCGCAGCACAUGUGUGCAUACAGACGCACAAGAAAUACAUAAAUAAAUGGGGAGGAAAAAAAAAAAAAAACUUCUUCAACCUCCACAGGUGACCAUAGAAACAAACACCCUUGUUAAAGGGCUGCAGGGAGGCCUGGAUUCACACUGGGUAUUCAGCGCAGCGUGGGGGUAUGUGGAGAAGCAGCCACAGACUGUCGGGGACCGCCUGGGUAGAGGGAGAUUGUUGAAAUGCCCUCAGCACUGAUUCUCUAGCAGGUGAUCCAGCAAGAGAUACCGGAUCUUUGGCUCUAUUUAUUUGGUCUCAUUAAAGCGUAACCAGAAGGUUA